UUAGGGCUUCACCGAGCUUAUCAUACCUCCGUCACGCACUCCCUUAAUUAUAACUCAGUAUUCGUUUCCCCGAACCCCAAACAUUUCUCUGAUCACAUACACUCUCUCUCCGCCGCUCCCCUUCUUAUCUCACGAGUUUUUCUGUUCGUCUUGGAAUGGAAUUUGUUGGCAUUGAAUUAAAAGCAGGCGAGUCCUUUGAAAUAAAUCUUGAUAAAGACGAGUUUUUUCAGCUUACACAGGCUACCCUUUGUGAAGUGAAGAAGGAAAGAGACGAGCCCCUUCAUUUGUACGUGACAUUGAAUGGGAAAAAACAUGUUGUAGGAAUCAUGCAACCACAGAGGAUCUCACAACUAGUUUUUUCUUUAAAGUUCGACAAAAACGUACAAUUCUCCCAUAACUGGAAAUACGGGAGUGUAUUUGUUUUUGGAUACAAAACUAGAAACCUUUGUGGUCAUGAUAUGGAUAAUAUGGAUCCUCGUACGAUGAUGGAGUCAGUGAUGAGACACGAAGAAGCAGUAGUCCUGGAUGAAGAGCGUGAAUGAAUCUGCAACUGACAAGAAGAGGAGGUAGUUGCAGAUGGAGAGCCAUUUUGAAGAAAUAUCGCCAAAAGAAUGUUGUAUGACAUAUAUGAUAGACCAAAAUCAAGAAUUCAAAAGUUGAGUUGAAGGUUGAAGUAGUCAUGUUGAUACAACCUCAUAAGCUGAAACUGAAAGCCAAGCUGAUGAAGACAGUCAACCUGAUACAGUCUCUUAAGUUGAAACUGAAAAUCAAGCCGAUGUGAUAUGAAGAGGUAAAAGUAGGAUAUCACAGUUAAAUAAAUUAUUUAAAUUAUGUUGCUAUUUUAAAAAAAAAAUGUUAAAUGUUUCAACAUUUUCCCGAUAUAUGUGGUUUUUGUUUAGUUGAAUUUCAAACAUGUUCUUUUUAUUGCAGUUCAAUGUAAUUUUUUUUCAUAAAUUAUUGUCUUGAAUGGAGCUCGAAAAUGUCUAUUAGUUUAACAAUAUUUAAACCUGUUUGUGUAGGAUGUUGGUCACAAAAAAUUAGUUGAUGAACAUGAUGAGCUCAUCCUCAUUAAAAAUUCAUUCCUAAAAUUGUUUAAGGACUCUCCCUUGUAGUGAGUUAUACAAGGUUCUUUCCUUGAAUUCAAUGCAACCUCUUUUAACAUCAAUAUCAUAUUUCAACUAUAUGAUUUCAUAUUUCAUAUUAUCAUUCUCAGUUGUGAUGUAAUUAGGAUAUAUUUAUGUUUUGUUCAUCCUGACGUAUUUAAUGGGCUAUUUUAG